CGAGACUACCUUGUAUACUAGCCCACUGAAUGUAACCAUGGAAUGAAAGGGAUUAAUUUGUGCCCGCCGCGGGGUAAUCAAUCAAUCAGCGCCGGACUUGAGCCCAUUACUCAGAACUACCCCAGUAACCACACUAGUUAUCAGUGAUUUAGCUGAACUUUUCAAUGCUUAUCAGACCACACAAAAACAAAGCAAUUCUACUUCAGGUGAAAGGGUAACAUGUGCUGACAGACAAGGUAGCAUCGCGUAUACCACAUUGUUGUGUAAUGAGAACAACAAUAACCCAUAUACUAGUCAACUACCAGUGAUAGAAGACGCCUUAUAUAUAUACCAUUGUCCCAAUCUCAAUCCCAUAUCUCUUGUAGUUCACUCCGAGUGGAAUAAUCUUUUCUUCCCCGCCUAGCUCACUCCCCCGCCAUCAGCCCGACAUAACCACCACCACUACUCAUUUUCACUCAACAAUCACCACCACUCCAACAGCAAAAGCUACUACAAUGUCAUCAACUCCUCACCUCAGCGCCCUCCAACGCGACGGCUUCGUCGUGAUCCCGUCCCUCCUAACGCCCACCGAAAUCGCCCACUACCGCACCAUAGCCACCCACGCGACCACGCUCACCCGGACAGGAAAAUGGCCGCACUUCCGCACCGUACCGAAGCAAUUUCCUCCCUGGCCCACGACCCCACCGCCAGCCUCGGAAGGCGGAAUCUGGGGUGUGCAGCACCUCCUGCACCCUGAGAUGCCGGGACGGAGUGAAUUCGCCAAGUUCUAUUUCUCGGAGAAGGUGCUUGCCGUGGCGGAGGAGUUACUUGGUCUGACAUCAGACACCAACACUAGCACCAAUGGUGAUGCUCCCGAGCCACUCGUAAUGGAACUCUUCAACCUGCUCGUCGCGCCCGAAACCAAAGACUUCGAACUUCGCUGGCACCGCGACGACAUCCCCGAGACCGCGACCCCGGAGGAAGAACUAAAGAUGCUGCAGGCCAAGAGUCCCAAUGGGAAGCAGUCGCACGCGCAGUAUAAUCUGGCGCUGUGUGCGGAUUCAUCCUUGAUUGUGAUUCCGGGGUCGCAUCGACGGGUGCGCACGGAAGUGGAGCGCAAUGCAGCGCCAUAUGAGCCGGAGUUGCCGGGGCAGUUGGUGGUGGAGUUGAAGCCUGGUGAUGCGGUCUUUUAUGAUAGUAAUAUUUUGCAUCGCGGGGUGUAUAAGUGUAAAGAGGAGGGAGGGGAGGAGACGAGGCUGACGCUGCAUGGCAGUUUGGGGUUGAAUGCGGCGGGUUUGGCGGCGGAGGAGGAUAAGAAGGUAAGGGCUACGGCGGUGUUGCAGCAUGGGGUCGGGGCGUGGGUGCAUCGGGAGGAUGCUGCUUUUGGGAUUGGGGAAAGGGCGGAGAGGAUGCGUGCGAAUCUGGUGGCGAUGGGGAGUGGGGAGGGGGUUGGGUAUUCUUUGCAGGGUUGAGAGGGGUGCGUUGAGGGUGAGUGUGUUUUGUAAAUAAAGAGGACGGCUAUGAAUAUUAGACAUAGGCAUAAUGUGCCACCGAAACUUCUAUUCAUUAAGCAUGCAUAUGCAUCGAGCUCGAAUAUCAAGAACAUUCAUA